AGGUAAAAACUUAAGAAACAAAAACUACAAUGGAGUUUUUAUUUGGAAAGAAGAAGACUCCUGCGCAACGGUUGCGAGAAACCAAACGUAUGUUGGAUCGUGCCGCUCGUGAUUUGGAUCGGGAACGAGUCAAAAUGGAAGCUCAAGAAAAAAAGGUUAUUCAGGAUAUAAAGAAGAUGGCCAAGGAAGGACAGAUGGAUGCUGUGAAAAUUAUGGCCAAAGAUUUGGUCCGGACAAGGCAGUAUGUUAAGAAGUUUAUUCUGAUGAAAACCAACAUUCAAGCUGUAGGUUUGAAGGUAUCUACCCUUAAAAGUCAGGAUGCUAUGAUGCAAGCAAUGAAAGGUGUUACUAAGGCCAUGCGUGCAAUGAAUAAACAAAUGAAACUGCCACAAAUACAAAAGAUUAUGAUGGACUUUGAGAGACAAUCUGAGGAGCUUGACAUGAAGACUGAGAUGAUGGAAGAAGCUAUUGAUGAUGUGAUGGAAGGGGAUGAAGAAGAGGAAAGUGAUGCUAUUGUCAAACAAGUCUAUGAUGAACUUGGCUUACAGUUUGCUGAUGAGCUUGGUGGGGUACCAAUAGAACAAGGCAGUCUUGUGGCUCCUAGUAAAGCCAAGGGGCCUCAAGCUGUUGCUGCAGGUGGAGUUGAUAGUGCUGAUGCAGAUUUAGAGGCCAGACUAAAUAAUCUCAGGAGAGACUAACUUUUUGUUUGUGAAAGACAGUUACUAUCGUAAAACCUGCUUUAAGCUUUUUAUCAGCAUUUUCUCACUGCACUUGUUUUAUUCUGUUAUAAAUAUGGCACAGAACUAUGGAUAAAUUUUGGAAAAUCAAACGGCACAUUUUAAUGCCUUGGCAAAAAAACAAGUUACAUCUAAAAUCCAAAAACUGGCUGUAACAUUAAGUUUUGUAAGCUCUUCAAGGUAUUUUCAGUCUUUGAGCAAGCGUGCAUGCUAUCUUGUUAACUCUAUUCUAUGUGGGACAGUAGAGCUACCCAUGGUUAUUGCAUUGCAUUAACCCAAACCUACUUAAAGAUAUUUGUUGUUCAUAAAACUUUGUCUUUACUUUUUUCUCAAAAUGCCUUUUGUAGUGAAGUAAUACAAAUACGUUUUCAA